GCCCUUGGCGUCGGCCUCGGCUGACCCUUUGUCCGACCUCUGGCGCAAGCUCUCCCGUCCUGCCGCCUACUCGCGCCACCUGCCCACCCUCGAGCUCGGUGCGUACGACGCGGAGGACGCCCUCGCUCACGACGCCUGCUUUCACGCGUCCGAUUCCGCGCUCGACGACGAAGACGUGCGCUCGCUUGGGCUCGCGCUCACCAAGGCGGCGCCCGCGUCGUUAAAGUCGAUCCACCUCGGCGGCAACGCGCUGCGCGGCGGCAGUCUCGCCGCGCUCCUCGCCGCGCUGCCCGCCGCACCGGCGCUGGAGACGCUCUGGCUCGCCGACAACGAGCUCGACGGCGCGGCGAUGGCGGCGUUCGCGAUGUGCACCGGCAAUGGGGGCGGUGGCGGCGCGCUCAAGCACCUCUCGCUGCAGCGUAACCGCGUCGGCGACGACGGCGCCGCGUCGCUCGCCGCCGCGCUAGCCGGCGGGGCUCUGCCAGCGUUGGAGCUGCUGUACCUGGGCGAGAAUGAGGUCGGAGACGCGGGCGCGACGGCCCUGGCCGAGGCGCUGCGGGGAGGCGCAUGCCCCAAGCUGCGCCGCCUCGGCCUCCAGGCCAAUCGCCUCGGCGAUGGCGCCCUCGAAGCGCUCGCCGCCGCGCUGCGGGCGGGCGCGAUGAAGGGUGGCGAGUUUCUGUACGUGGGCGGCAACCCCUUCACCCCGGCGGGCGAGGCGCGCGACGCGCUGUGCGAGUCGCUGCGAGGCGGCCCGCUGCAGUGCCACUUUGGCUGGCCUCCGCCGAAGACGAAGAGCUUCCUCAUCACGCCUCCCGACCGCUACGCAAGGGCGUGGUGAAAGGAUGACGGCGGGACAGGUGUCGACUGAACGUGUGCCUAAGUGGGCCAUAUAUUGUCGCGCCUCUUUCUUCCAGAAAACCUAGAAAG